AAAUCAAAACAAAGUUUUUGGAACACAGUUAAAAACAUUAAUUGUCCAAAAUAUAAGGCAUAAAUGGCUGAAUUUCCAUCAGAAUUACUUGCAACUGCUCAACCUUUAAUAGGAUUUUAUGGAUUAGACCUAAAUAGUUCGUCGCAUAAGGCAAUUUAUGACUCUUUUAAUAGAAUUGAAAGACCUUCGAUUCAGUACAAGAUAAUUCCUAAUAAUUAUGAAUUUCCUACGAAAAAACCGAAAAGACAGAGUUUUGAAUGGUACAAUCCAAAGCAUAUAUUGAAGAAGAACUGGAUGUUAAAAUAUCAACAUGUAGUCCCGUCUUUGAUUGUUGUUUUUAUGGAAUUAGAAUGGAAAGAGCCUCAAUGGUCAGAGAAGCAAGUUCAGUGCUCUGCAAUGAUCCAACAAUUAAAAUCUAAACUUCAGGAUCGUUUAACUAAAAUUGCUUUAGUCCUUUUGCAUAAAUCAACGCCUGUUUUAGCAAGUGAUGAUUUGAUAGCUACAGAGCGAGCAUCUGCUUUGGCUAAUGCUUGUGAGAUCAACACAAAACAUCUUUACGUUCUUCCAGUUAAUGAUCAUAAUCUUAUUGGGUACACUGUUAGACUUGAAUCAGCAUUUUUGGAAUUAGCACAGUCUUUCUAUAUUGGAAUUUUAAAAAACUAUCGAUCACAUCCAACUGGUUCUCAGCAUCAGACACUUAAAGUUAGACAUCAAUUUAAAAUGGGAUUCAUUUCAGAACUUCGCUUAGAUUUACCAACUGCUCUAAAGCAUUAUACUCAAUCAUAUGUUAAUUUGGAGAAUAUACGAGUUGUUGAUACAAACUGUUUAGAAAUCAAAACUGUUGCUGGUUUCAUCAAUUAUAAGAUCUGUCGAUUGAUGUUUAAAUUAAAUUUACCGAGAGAUUCAAUCACUCAAUUUAAGGCACACAUUGAAAAAUAUAAAUCCCGAACUGGAUUCAAGGAAUUACUGUUUGAACAUCAUGGUUGGUUAUCAUCACAAUUUAAUUAUUUUGGUGAAAUAUUCAAUGAGGCAGUUAAAAAUGGAUUAGCUGCGAUACAGACUCAAAAUCCGGCUAUUUAUUAUCUAAAAGCUGCUGAGCAUCUGUACAAAAGGCGUGAAAUAUUUCUACAAAGCAAUCCAUAUUUAGCUACUUCGAAUGACGAAAAUAUAUCCCCAACAACUCAAUUUUCACUUCUGUACAGUGACUUUUUUGGCGUUCGAAGUGGAAAUGAUCGAGAUCAAGGCAUUGAUCAACAAAUUAUAACAUUGGUUCGUGAAAUGGAAAUGAAGUUUAAUUAUUCUGCUGUGAUUAUAAACCUAUUGAGUCAAGCUAUGUCUCAGUUCAAAAUUUAUCGAUGCGGACGAUCACGCAAAAAGUGUGCAGUAAUGAUGGCUGAUGAAUAUUUUAAAAGUGGAGAGUACACGAAAGCAUUAACCUUGUAUUCGUUAAUGCUACAAGAUUUCCGUGCUGAAAAAUGGUAUUCAAUAUUUACUGCAAUUCUUACUAAAACUGUUCAGUCUGCAACUUUAUCGGCAUCUGUAAAUGAUUUUGUGUCUAGCAGUAUAGAAGCACUUUCUCCUAAUAUGAAAAUAUCAGUGGCUGAACGACAGCAUAUUCUGGAGAAUUUAUGGAAGGUUUUUAAUAACUCUGCUCCAACAUUUCAAAAUCAAAUAGCACCUGAAGUGAUCCAGUUAUGGAAAGAUGCUUUGGCUAAUUAUCGCACACCAAUAACAGUGAAUUUAGAUGACAUUCCAAAAUUAAUUGACUGUAAAUUUUCAUUCGAAAGCAAUCAAGUGAAAUUUACAGAUCCAAUUGACUUAUGUGUUUAUUUACGAUCAAAUACACUUGUGCCAGUAAAAAUUGCAAAAAUUUCAGUCAUUCUUCUGUCAAAUAGCGGAUCAAAGCAAAAGAUUGAAGCAACUGUUGGCUAUGAAUAUGAAGUUGAUUCAACUACAAAAGCUGCAAAAUUAGGCGAAUGCUUUGACGCAAAGAAUUUUAUAUUAGAGCGAGGAAAGUGCUACAAAUUCACAAACUUAAUCAAACCUGGACAGUUUGUAGAAAACUCUGAAGUCACAGUAAAUGCUGUUGAGCUAUUGAUGGGAACUGAAAAAAUAUCAGCAAUUUUAAUGUUUCAAAAGUCAUUAAAUGCUACAAAGUAUUUUCAAUCUUACAACAUCCACUCCGAUUUCUUGGAAUUCAUUAAAAUAUUCAGAACUUGCUACAUAAUCCCAACUUUUCAUUUGAAUUCAAAUGUUGUGCAUAAUCAGCCAAUGCUGUUAAACGAAUACUAUAAAAUUCAGCUAAAUCUAAGUAAUAAUCAUGAUGAAGUAGUGCAAAAUGUCACUGUCAAAGUGUCAUUGCCAGCUAGCUAUAAAAAUAAAGUUUUUUUGGCCAAAAAUUCAACGGAAUCAACAACAAAGCUAAGUUCAUGUAUUAAUUUUACCAUUGGAAAUUUGGAAAGACAUUCUAAUACAUCAAUUGAAUACUUUUUAACAAGUUUAAUUGAAGGAAAUAUUGAGCUAAAGCAGUCAUUAUAUUACGAGAUUAUAGAUACAACAGAAUCAAAUAUGCUUUCACCAACGGAGAAGGAAUCAUCUCCAUCACUUGAAGUAGCUCCAACAACAUUUACUGGAAGUGAAGAGCAUCUUGACAUAAAUGUAGAAAGAUUAGAAAAUAACUUAGUAAGAAAGCGACAUGAUAAUAUUUUAAUAGUUCCAUGUGUCGAAGAGUUUAGUUUUGAAAGCCGACUUUACAGUUUGGAUAGAAAAGCACUUACUAGUUGUUACGAGAAUGAAGAAUUUCUGAUGAGAUUAUCACUUAAACCCAGAUCACCUUUUAAUAUUGAUAUCUUGGAUGCAUUUUUCAUUGCUGAUGUUAACAUAACUGAGAAAUACAAUCACAAUCAAUUUUUUAUUGGAAAUGAUAUAAGUCGUGGAUUUGAUAUGGAAAACAUUUUGACUUUGAUUCCAACAAGAACGACUGAUAGCUGGUUAACGAAAGAAAAACUGAAUGCAAAUAUUAUUUUGGAUGCUUCUAUGCUUUUUUCAAAAGUGAAAUUAACUGAAAAUGAGUUGAAAUCAAAAAUUGUUUCAGAAGUAGUCAGCGUAAAAGACGAAGAUGAUCCGUUUAGUAUUAAAAAGAAGGAUCAAAAGUCAAUGGAUUUUUCGACCUCAGAUGAUGAGAAAUUCAAUAUUAAUAGCACUCUGGAUAUUGUUGAAUUAGUAAACGACUCUGCACAUAAGAAAGGAUUUAUUAAUGCAAAGGUUAAUGUUGUGCUUGAGAAGAAGGUCGUUGAUCAGGAUAAAAAAUUCGGACUUUAUUGUAUCAAAUGGAGAAAAUCUAACACAAAUAUUAUAAAUGAAUCGAAGUUCCUCAUUGAAGGAGUUGAUGUAAUUGUUCCUCUGUUAAACAUUUACUGUACAUCUCCAACAGAACGAGUCUUUGUAAGAGAAAUUUUCACUUACAAGAUUCUAUUAAAGAAUCCAGGAGAUGAAGUUUUACAUUUCCAUGCAUCAAUUGGAAAUUCUGAUGGUUUUAUGCUUUCUGGACAUAAGCAACUAACAUUUACAUUAUUCUCCCAUUCAAAUUUCGAACUUACAUUUAACUUGUAUCCAUUAAAGUCUAAUUUUCAAAAAUUACCAGAACUGAAAUUAGAUAUUAAAAGCUACUCAGAAGAAAUUGUUGCAAUUGUUGAGAAAGAUGGAAAUGUCGUUGAUUCAGGUACUGAAAUAACACGAAAACAAGCAGAAGUUAACAAUUUACUGGAGAGAUGGUUGCCAAAAUCUAUUUUUGUACAUCCUGCUAAUAGAAAAGCGGCAUAAUAAAAUUAUUGUAACUUAAUAUUGACUAAAUACCUAAUAAAAUAUUAAAUAUUAAUC